AUGAAAGAGUUGGGUGUAGAGCAUCAGUUGUCCACCACGUAUCUUCCAGAAUCACAAGGAGCUCUGGAAAGGAUCCAUCAAACCCUGAAGUCUUUGUUGCGUACAUACUGCACUGAGACUGGUAAAGGUUGGGUGGAAGUUAACAAUGCUGUUAUCUUGUCUUCUGUGUACCCUCCUGAGUUAGAUGGUCAUUUGAGUAAGGAUGCCAUUUCAUCAUGUGUAUACGUCCAUGGCUUUUGGCAUGGGAAAUGCACCAGCAACAUUCCAGCGGUUGAUGUUGAAGACCGUGACACAGUGACUGAAGGUCAGAACAUUUCACUCACCUGUAACACCAGCUGCGCUCUAAACCUGACUGCCAACAGUCACACCUUCAUCUGGUACAAGAACAAGACACGUUUGGGUCCUGAACACUCCAGUAAUAAACUGAAUCUGAUCGCUGUCAGCAGUGCAGAUACAGACAGAUACUCCUGUGCACUCAAAGACCUGGAAACAUUCGCUUCUGAAGAGAGACUCAUCACUGUCAAUCACAGCUAUGUGUGGAAUAAGAGAACUGGAAUCUUGAUGCUGUAUUGUCUACUGAUUCUUGUGAUUCUGCUGUUUAUGCAUGCAGCUCUUUGGAUGAAAAUGACAAUGUGAACUGAAACGUCGCAGCACUGGCCGAGACCUUUGUCCUGGAGGAGAGAGAACGGUCACAUCAGGAUGAAGUUCAGUUCUCACAUGUUCAUUUCAGCAAAUUUACAAACGAUCAAUUUCCUGCAGUGUCUGCAGCAGAUGUCCAGUACGUGCCCACUGAAGUCAGAGAGCACAGUAUUGCCACCUAGUUUAGAAAAGAUUAACAACAACAAUGACUCCCUUUACAUUUUAUUCAUUUAGUAGACACUUUUUAUCCAAACCAUCGUAUUGUGCAUUUACUGUAAGCUGUUGGUGGUGUUAUCAUGAUCUUGCAUAUUUAUAUGACUUGUAUUUGUACAAUCGCAGUUUAUCAAUUUCUUAUUAAUAAUAUUCAUGCUGUAAUAUAAUAUAACACCAUAUCAUUGGUUUGUGCAAUCUCAGUGACAGUUGAACAGUUUCACUGCUAUAUUCAUUCUAAAUCUGAAUCAAUUGUCUGCAAUGAAGU